AUGGCAUGUAAACCAGCUUCCACGCCUAUAGAUCCCAAUCAUAAACUUGGAGAAGCCAACGAGAAUGCAAGUGUAGACAAUGAGAUGUUCCAAAGACUAGUUGGAAAACUCAUUUAUCUUGCACAUACACGACCAGAUAUUGCAUAUGCUAUAAGUGUAAUAAGUCAGUUUAUGCAUAAUCCUAAAGAAGUUCAUCUGCAGGUUGCUCAUCGAAUUCUACACUAUUUGAAAGCCAAUCCAGGAAAAGGAAUUUUAUUCAAAAGAAAUGGGGGAUUGGCUCUUGAAGCAUAUACAGAUGCCAAUUAUGCAGGAUCUCCAUUAGAUAGAUGGUCCACUUCUGGUUACUGUACCUUCUUAGGAGGAAACUUAGUCACUUGGAGGAGUAAGAAGCAAAAUGUAGUGGCUCGGUCAAGUGCAGAGGCAGAAUUCAGGGCUAUGGCACAAGGAGUGUGUGAAUUACUCUGGUUGAAGAUAAUUUUAGAAGACCUGAAGAUUCCACGAGAAGAGCCUAUGAAACUAUAUUGUGACAACAAUUACACCAGAGACUAG